AUGCCUAAUGCUCGGCGCUGGGCCAAGCGUGUUGCCCAAAUUGUGCCUACCUUGGCUUGGACGACCAUGCCCAAUGCUCGGCGUUUGGGCCAAGCGUGUUGCCCAAAUCGUGCCUACCCACGUCCAAUGCCUAGCGCUCGGGCUAAGCGUGUUGCCCAAAUCGUGCUUACGCUAGCUUGGACAACCAUGCCCGAUGCCCGGCGCUUUGGGCCAAUCGUGUUGCUCAAAUCGUGCCUAUGCUUGGCUUGGACGACUAUGCCCAAUGCCCGACGCUCAGGCAAGCGUGUUGCCUAA